GCUUUCUCCCUGUGGGACGACAUCGACGUUCACAUGAUGUGGUUGGAUUCCUGCUACCCCGAGGACAAGCCCUGCAGCGAUCCGGGUGUCCACCGAGGAAUGUGCCCAGGUGGCGAGGAGAGCGCGCCCCAAAACGUGCGCAGGAAGCACACCUUCGGCCACGUUAUCUUCGCAAACGCGGCGGUUGGAGAGAUCGGCACUACCCAGUCCGUCUACCCCGGUUCUCCGGUGACAUCACCACCCUCAACUACGGCGACCAUGCCAACGGAGACGACCACGACCACAGAGCUUACGGCGACUAUGCCGACAGAGACGUCCACGACCACACAGCUGACCACGACCGGCACCUCCACAGGUGCUUGGGAGCCCGUAGAUGGAGGCGAGGGCCGCGCAUGCCGUGGCGCCAGCCGCAGCGACAACAAACCUCAGUACUACAAGCUUGUGCGCGGCAUCGCAUCAUUGGAGGACUGCCAGAUGCACUGUGCUGCGACAGCCGGCUGCCGUGGCGUGGAAUUUUCGCGCCAGCGAUGUGAGGUGUGGCUGCGAGCCGAGGGCAUUGAGGCGACGAUCGCGCUGCCAGGAUUCACGUGCAUGCGCUAUGAUGGCCCAGUUGUCACGACGACCACACCGAUGGUGGGCACCUGGAGUCCGGUGGAUGGCGGCGACGGUCGCGCCUGCCGCGGUGCCUCGAGCAGCGACAACUCCGCCGACUACUACACCGUCGUCCCUGGACUCGUGAACCUGGAUGCCUGCAAGGCCCGUUGCCAGAUCACCGAUGGCUGCCAAGGGGUGGAGUUCAAGAUCGGUCGCUGUGAAAUUUGGACGCGGCCUGGGGGCAUCCAGGCUUCUAUCCCCCUCACAGGC